AGAUUCCAAGGACGCAAAAUUCAGAAUACCAGAUCAUCUUUCUUCUUUUUGCUUGGACAGCAUGAAUUUCUAGUGCCCAAAACACCAAGAUUGAUCGAGCAAUCGGGCUUUGGGAUAGAUCAUCUUACUCUAUCGUUAAAAUCUUGAUCUGAUAUUCCAGUAUGGCCGCCGCUGAGGUUUCUGCCAUGCCCGCUGAAGUGAGCCCUGCAACUGAACAAGUCCCUGUCCAACUCCAGGCUGAAGCCCCAGCUGUGGGAACUGUGGAACAGCCCCCAAAGGAAGAAGAAUCAGCCCCCGUUCUGGAACAGGCAGAGGCUGUGGAGAAAACAGUUGAAGAGAGCCCUGCUGCCGAGGAGACGAAAGCAGAGGAAGCAAGCCCUGCAGUGGAGGUGGCUAAAGUUGAGGAUAAAUUUGUCCAACUGGAUAUUCCAGCCGAGGAAGUAAAAGAAGAGGUGGUGGAAGAAGUAGAAGAAGAAUCCCCUGCUAAAGAAGAAGAAGAAAGAAAGGAAGUAACAGAAGAAAAAGAGGCUCCUGUUGCUGCAACAGAAGUUGUGGAGAAAGAAGCCCCUGCUGUUGCUGAAACUCCUGUGGAGGAAGAGAGCCCUGGUGAGGAAGUAUCUGCUCCUGUAACUGAAGUUGUGGUACCUGCUGCUGAGGAAGAAGUGAAGACUGAAGCAUCUGAGUAAAGAAUGAUGGUGGUGGUAGAUUCAUAGGAGAUUUACAUGUAAGAGAUUAUGUAGAAUAGAUCAGAUCAGGUUAUCGGGUGAGGUGAUGUUUAUUAGGGCACUGUUGUAAGAUUCAGCUUAGGGUUCAGGGGGAUUGAGCAAAUAGAAGUUUCUUUGCCCAUCUCGAUCGUUCUGAUUUGGCUUGAUUUUAAAUAGAAAUUAUAAGCAUUUGUAUUUGGUCUGUAGGGAUCAUCGUGAUUACUAGCUAAUGUCAGUCCAGGAAUAGUGUGAAGUACGGGUCUAGUUGAUUAAGCAAUUUUAUUUCACCACUUCUUUUA